AUGAGCGUUUUCAUCGACGGUCGCCCCGUUCCCCAUCCCGGCCAGUUCAGUUCGCGAACCAAGCGCGUGCUGCCGUUCGUCGAUGGCGGCCACUAUUGGCUGCAGUGGGCCAUCGAUUCACACGAGCAUCGAUACGCCUUUGCAGACGAAGGCGCGAUGCUCGAAGGCGUGCAGCAGGGCCUGCAUGGUUCACGCAUGGCCUGGCUUCCCCAUGCCGGCCUGCAGGUGAGCCCGGUCAAGCUGCUCAGCCUUCACACUGACGAACUUGAAGCCUUGCGCCAGCUGGAAUCGAGCCCGCCCAGCAACCUGCUGUCGAAUGAAGUGCAGAGUGUGCUGGUCCGGCACGGCCUGCUGAGCAACAAGGAACUGGGCGCAUACCGGCCCUUCCUCGCAGCCGUUGGCGCCGGCGACGCGCCGCUGCUGCAGCAGCUCGACUUCCGUGAAUCGCUGGCGCUGUACCAGCUGGCCCAGGAGCAGGGCGGCCAUAACCCGCCCAGCGAGGCCCAGGCCGAAGCGGCCCGUUUCGCCUUGCAGCACGCACGCAGGCCGAUCGAGUUCGCCGACUAUUUCCGCUUCUACCUGCGUGCUCAUCGGCCGGGAGGCAACAGCGACCUGCGCCUGGAACGCGCCACGCACGCAUUGCAGACCCUGCUGCCGAUGCUGUUCGGCUACCUGGACGGGCCUCAGCUUUCGCAUCUUCCAUCCCCUGAGCAGGUGCGCGCCGCCAUUGCCGAAACACUGGCGGCAAACCGCCACAUCGGCUACGCCCGCAUUUCGCUGGCCGCGCAGCAGGUCGCGAUGUUCCUGGGCGAUGGCGGUGGGUUGCAGCUGGAUGGUGAACGAUGGCGCGAGGCCGCGCGCCGGCAACUGCGCAGCGCACAGGCGUUCCUCGACAACCAUCCGGUCUCGCGCGGCCAGCUCGGCCAGGACGGUGCCAGCGUGCUGUUCGCCAUCGAUGGCUCCAAGGAACAGGCGCGCAUCCAGGUGGAGGACAACGUCAUCACCCUGCAGGACUACCGCCGAACGCGCCGUUUCGCCGAGGAUGAGGCCGAGAUCGGCUACCAGGCAGACGCGGCAGCCACGGCCGCGCUGGCCUCGGCCGCCGGCGUGGCCGUGAACGCCGGCCGUCAGGCCGCGCGGCAGCAAGCGCAGAAGAUCCUGGCCGAUGCCCAGGCGGCAUUGCGCCACAUCCUGGGGGAGCGCAACGACGGCUCCUCCUCCCCAGCCCCAGAAGGAGUUCCUGCGAUGACCUUCCCGAUCCCACCCUCUCCGUUCCCCACGCCGGACCGUCCCGGCGGCAAAACCCCCAUGCAGAUUGCGCAGGAACUGGCCGACGCCGCGAUGGCGGCAAGCGAGGAAGGCAUCCGCCAGGCGAUGAUGGUCUCGCAGCAGGCCGUCGAAGCCGCCGCCGAAGCCGCCCGGCGCGCCGAUGAGGCCGCCGAGGAAGCCGUACGCAGGGCCGCCGAAGCGAACGCCAGGUAG